UCCACUGCCGGAACUUGACUAGAAUGUCUCAAGCGGGCCUUGGUUGCGCUGUCGCUCGCUCGCGCUCUUUUUCUCUCUCUGUUAUGGCGGGGGGCGGGGCUUCCCUCGCGCGGCCUCUUCUGCUGUUUCUGCCUCUGCUGGGGCUGGUGGGUUCGAGCGCCCCCUGGGGGCUGAGCGCCUGGUACUGCAGCUUCUCCGCUUCCUGCGAGUGCGACUUCCGGCCGGACCUCCACGGUCUGGAAUGCGACUUAGCCUUGAACCUGGUUGGGCAGCCCUUGGCCCGGCAGCUCCUGAGCCAAGGCCUGAGGGAGUUUGUGGGCAACCAGGACCCAGCCAAGCCUCUGGUGAUGUCCUUCCACGGCUGGACCGGAACGGGCAAGACGUAUGCCGCCUCCCUCCUGCUCCGCCACCUCUUCCGGGACGGGCCUCGCAGCCCCCACACCCACCACUUCUCCCCCGUGGUCCAUUUCCCGCACGCGGAGAAGACCGACCAGUACAAGAAAGACCUGAAGAGCUGGAUCCAAGGGAAUUUAACCCUCUGCAGCCGGUCGGUGUUUAUCUUUGACGAGAUGGAUAAGAUGCCACCGGGCUUGAUUGACGUGAUCCUUCCAUUCUUGGGAUCAUCGUGGGUCGUGUUUGGGACCAACUACAGGAAAGCCAUCUUCAUUUUUGUCAGUAAUGCGGGCGGAGAGCAGAUUAACCAGAUGACGUUGGACCUCUGGCGAGCACGCAAAGACCGCGAGGAGCUCAGCCUUCAGGACUUGGACACAGCCAUUUUGGAAGCUGUCUUUGAAAACCCACAAAAUGGGUUUUGGAAGUCUGAGAUCAUAGCGCAAGGCCUUAUCGACCUGCUGGUGCCUUUCCUUCCCCUGAAACACCACCAUGUGAAGCAGUGUGUGGCCCAAGAGCUGGCCAGCCAAGGCCUCCAGCCCUCCCCGGGGGUCGACCAGGCGGUUGCCGACAGCCUCCCUUACUUCCCCGAAGAUGAGAAUGUCUUUUCGUCUACAGGCUGCAAAAUGGUGGCGGCACGGGUUCCCUUUUUCCUCUGACAACAUUGCCCAGCCUCCAAAGUCCAGGCAUAACACUUUGGGAGCUUCUUUCCACUCACAAGAGGCCUUUUAUUUAAAAAAUCAGCAUAAAUAGAAGUUUCCUUCAGGACCGAGGAAGAGCCAUUCCGCACUUUGUCUAUUAUCAGGGUUUACACUUUGCCCUGAGCAAAUGACAUGGGUGCUUUUUUAUCCAAAGGAGGAAAGGCAGCGAUGCUCCGGAAAGGAAAUCUCUUUUUAAUCACACCGUUCUAUAGACUUCCAAAGUGGCAGCUAUCACGUCCAGAAUCCUUGAAUUGAUUUUCUUCGGAUUCUUCUUACCUCUGAUUUCUUACAUGACAUUUCAAAACAAUGCUGUGAUUUUAUUUUUUUCUUUCCAUAUGCUGGAUGUUCUUGUAAUCGUCAGGCCGAACCUUGCAGUUCGAAUGCAAGCCUGAUAUUCCCUGGAUAUUUUCUUUUCUGUUGAAAUCAAAUAGAACUCAAAGAGCGGGGAAAACUCCGUUUCAAGGGCUGACCCUUCUGGGAAAAAGUCAGCUCCUGGAAGAAACUUCUCUCGGGAUCCUUUUCUGGUAAGAGAAAACUGGCUUUUCCUGUCAGGACUGCGACUUGCCUUGAAAGGAUCAAGAAACGACUAGUCAACGAAGGUGCUUGAAUUGUUGAACCGUUAAACCUUGAACUGUUUUGUGUCCCUGCUUUUGGUGAAGGCCCCAAUCCAUUUUUUAGGAGCCCCCGAAAUCGGGAAGGCAGAUAUCUGUUUUUGGUUUAGGACUUCGAAAGAUCCAUUUUCUAUCGGACCAUUAUGGAUGGGGCCUUCCCGACACACGCUUUAAGGAGUCUUCUUACCUGCUGUUUGUACUCUAGAGUAAGAGGCGCUUGGCUGCAGGCACUGGCAGGUGCACACGCUUUCAAGGCCUGCACGCCAUUCUACAGACACACAUGUUCCUUGGAAAGAGAGUCUUCUUUCCUCGUGUGAUAACAAAGAAGGUAAGCUGUGACAUUGAAAAAAAAGAGCACACCAUGCUACACACGCAAGAGUGCCCCUUACUCUAGAGUAAGAGGCGCUUGGCUGUAGGCACUGGCAUGUGCACACGCUUUCGAGGCCUGCACGCCAUUCCACACACACACGCUCCUUGGAAAGAGAGUCUUCUUUCCCCGUGGGAUAACGAAGAAGGUAAGCUGUGACAUUGAAAAAAAAGAGCACGCCAUGCUACA